UCCCUCUCUGUCUCCCUCCCCACUCCUGCUCUCUCUCUCUCUCUCUCCCUCUCCAUGAAAAAAAGUUCGGCACAGCCAGGAAGCAACAGAGCUGCGAGCCAAGCAACAGGCUGUCUGACACUUUACAGCUUUCUGCUUUAGCUACUUUUGGGCAAACUUGCAAAAACUGUAGAAUGGCAGCAACUUACUGCAGCCAAAGUACCUCAGACUCUCCAAACCGGACAGCAGUAGAGAUUCAGCGGCUUCUUCGGAUGUAAAAGACCAUGAAAAUAACACCAGCCUGUCUGCAGAACUAAACUGCAGCUUUUAUGGAUUAACUAAUCAGAAGAUGACAACUGGAUAACCUGGAUUCUAACAGCAAAAUGAACCCUUCCUCUCUGGAUUGGUCCAUUCAGAGCGCUCUGUCAUCUCUUUUCCCUCCGUUUGAGGCCACGGCCCCGACCGUCCUGAGCCAGCUCUUUCGCACCAUCGAGGAGCGUUACCAUGGGGAUGCACUGCAGUGCUUGUUGGACUACCUCAUUCCGGCCAAACACAUCCUAGAGAGCGUGCAACAAGCGGCCUGUGCUGAGUAUUCAGAUGUGCUGUUCCGCUGUGAAGGAUGGCCGCUCUGUAUGAGAGAUCGUGUGGUGAUUCAGCUAGCGCCCAUUAACCCGUUACUGUUACGUCCUGGAGACUUCUACCUACAGGUCGAGCCCUUCGGGGAACAGUCAGCCCGCAUUGUCCUGAAGAGUCUCCUCGUGCAGGGAGAUCUCCUGGCACAAGAGAAUUCGGUGUUACAAGCAGGUUUGAGGGUUCAGGAGGGCCCAACCGUUGAAGAGACGCCCAUCCCAGAGACAUCCUACCCCUGCAUAUUUACUGAGGCUUGGUUAAGGGAGGUAAACCAGGGCCGCCAUGGUAAUCAUCUACAGCAGUGUGUGCUUUCUUCAGAUCAGGGGAUUGUGAAGGUGCCUUGGACGGAAGUAGUCAACCCAGAAUUCCUGGACAAGCCGAAGGCAAACAUCAAGUCUGAAGCAAUGACAUCAUGCCCAACUGCAGCAGUAAUGCAAGAUAAUCAGCUUCUCAAGCAGGAGGCUCAGUUACCUGCAAACAUGGCACCUCUUGAACUAGAAACUAUGAUCAUUCCAGCUAAAGAUGGGGUUGCAGUUUCUGUUCGAUUGGUUGACAGUGGCAGCAGACUUAUUAAGGUAGAUCAACCAAAACCUGUGAGCAAUUCUGUGGGAAAACCCAUUGGAUGGGUCUCCCCGAAUACUUGGGACUGCAAGUAUAAUCGGGAGCUUGAAGGAGAGUAUGUUGAUCUCUUAGAUUUCGCCAAGGAGAAGGAGAAUUUGGCCUUCAACAAAGCCGCUUUACCUACUCUUCCAAUGUCCUUCAGACCUGCUCCCAAUCCUCCAAAAAGGGAUGACGCCUUUUAUGUCCAGGCAACAGGAGUAAUAGAUGAGCUUUGUGUUCCAUGUUCAAGAAAUAAGCACUUGUCUCAAGACCUGCAGAAAGGUUCAGAAUCCAGAUGUAGGCAUCGUCAGUCUUACUUAGCAGCUCUAAGGAACCCUGUGAGUUUUGAGAAAGCAAGUGUGAUGGCUCCCCUAGAGGAAACCUGGCCUGAUUUAGGGGAAACAGAAUUAGGUUGUGACCGACAUGAAAUUGACCUGGGGAUUGAGUACCUGCGCUCUUCAGCAAGCCAGGGUUCAACCCAGCUUAUACAAGAUCUAAUGUCCCCCUGCAAGAACUUAACCGAACAAGAAGAUAGUCUGAGCACAAAACAUCCUAAUCAGAACAUGCCUCAACCAAGUCCUCAAACAGUUCAGCAGCCAAAGCCCUUGCUUAUUGGACAACUUCCAGAAGAACUUCAUAAAUGUGUACUGGAACGUAAAACAAUCCCUGACAACAGACACCCCUGCCUGAGCGAAACCACAAGGUAUGAACCUUGUCAAAUGCGGGCCGGUGGCCAGAAGCAUGGAAAGAGCCAGCACUUACCUAAAAUGGGACUAAGAGCUUUACCUGAUCAUAGCAGCCACAGACAAGAGAAUAAUGCCUAUAAAUGUCAAGGUGUAGGAAGAAAACCAAUGAAUCCAUUUUUAUACGGUCCAUCAAUUCUACACAAAGACUUGACACAACCCAUAGACCAGCAGAGACCUUCUCAUGUUCAUCAUUCACAGCACAAUCAGAACAUGCUUCAACAUCAACUUCAACAUCAAAACAAUCCUGUGGACCAAAAGUCUUCAUAUGAAAGCAAAUUGCGCUCUGAAAGCCCGGCCUCGCCUGUACAGGUGUUAAAAGUUUCAGGCAAAAGCAGAUCCAAAGCCCGUUCUGCCUCCUCAGUAACAGAAUCAGUCAGAGAGUGUCUUCAAGUGGACAAGAUGACCAACAGGAGUCGCAGUGAUGUCUGUCCAGAGAUCAUACCCAUGGUUCCUGGGAUUCACGCCAUGCAGAGCAAGAAAUACACUCCCUUUUUACUAGCGUCUCCGAAGCUGGACCGAUGGAAAGGAAACAAAAGUGAUACAUCCCCCUCUGGAAAAGACAACCUUCAGUUUAUUCCACCUUUGAAUGGGGUGAUGAUCCAGACCUCCAAUGCUGAGCUCCUUUCAACAACCCAGGCACAGAACUCCUCCACCCCUGGACCUAAAAUUCAGCUUAUUCCUCUUUCCCAAGAUCCAGCCGUCAAGAGCCUUCUUCAAGUGGGCAUCGUGUCUCUGCCAGGCAGUCGUGAUCGAGCAGGUCGAGCCGUGCUCGAGGUCUAUGGUGGAAAGAAAGGCUGGGUGUCUCCAGUGGUCUCUCCUCAGGAGCUCUGCAAACUCUUCAUUUUCCUACAUUCCAUACCCAGGAAAGAGGUGAAGGACCUUGGAUUAACAGUUGUGAUUGACAGCAGGAAGAGCCAGCCUCCAUCUGCGCUUUACAAAGCCCUGUUUAUGCUACAGGAGCAGGCCCUCCAUGCUGUGCACACUAUUUUGCUGCUGGUGGAUAAAGAUCAAAGUCCUCGACCAGAGAGACAACCAGGAUUACAGAUGGAUAUUAUAACAUCACUGAAAGCUCUUCACAAGACCAUCGAUGGACAGCAGCUGACUUCUGAACUUGAAGGAACUUUCCCUUAUAAUCACACGGAUUGGCUGCAGUUUCACCAAAAACUUUCCCUGUUUGAACUGGAUCUGCAUGGAGCGACCAUGUUACUACAGAGAGCCAUAAAGAAGCUUGAUAGCAACAAGAAAAUGGACACUGCAAUGGAUGCAAAGAGCUGUAUACAAGAACAGAAGAGCUCCAUGAAAGAGGUCCUAGAAGAUACAAGAAUGGUUGCGCUUCAAAGAGAGGGUGGCGCUAUACUGGCCAGAAUGAGGAAGGAGGAGUGUAAAUUUAUCCAGUCUGAAGACUACAGAGACUCCAUGGAGGCUAUGAACUUUCUGUAUAACCAGGUGGAGGAGGGAGUUCACACUCUGGUGAUGAGGUCCAACCAGUCCCUGCAGCAUCUUGACCAUGUGCUCCUGCUGAGAGAAACUGAGGAUCAACUAAAUGCUAGCAGAGAGUGGUGUGAGGCGGAGCAAAGUAGAUGGCAGAGGGACCUAACUGACCUAACAGAAGAAGCCAGAGAAAGACUGGAGCAAAAGCUAGCAGACCUUCAUUCUGUUUUCACUCAGGCAAAGGAGAGAAAAGAGAAAGGAAUGCUGAUGAUAAAAGAAGUGGAGAGAAAGAUCCAGGGGACGAGUUAUCCUGAGACCGACAGUUUUCACAUUAACACAACAAAAUUCAAGACCAGCAUGGCUGCACUUCUGCUACAAGCCGAGCAGCACAGGUCAGACCUGGAGUCUCGGAUUGGCCUGUAUAGCUUCUGUGAGCAGGUGUUAUCUCUAACCGAAGAAUGCAGUCACUGUCUGGAACACGUGCAGAUGGGCUGCAGCCCUGUGGAGGCCAAUGUAAACAAGCUGAAGACCUUUCAGGAGAGAUUUAAAGCCUUCUCACCCCAGCGCUUUGAGGAGGAGAAGAGUAAUGCCGUGGCUGUGAAACAUCCAGGAGAGCUGUGUGUGUGGAAGAAAGCCUGGGCAGAGUGCCAGAAUGUCAAGAGGAGACUGAAGGAGAAGCUGCUGGAGUUUGAUGGGAUCCAGAAACCUCAAAAACCUCCCCAGAAGGAUGCUGGGGCAGUGCUGAGCAAUGCUGAGGAUUCUUUGCAAGCCCUGUCUGGCAGCAUAAUCAGCUCCUCCUGGGGUGAUCUGGAGUCCAGCUCUCAGUGGAGAGGAGCUGACAGUCAGACGCAAAGCCAGGACAGUUGUGCUAGAAGUGACAGUGAGGCUAUAAGCGGCUUAAAUCUCCAUUAUAAGUCUAAGGAGGAGGAAAAUCUCAUAGGAGGCAAUGGACCAGAUGUGUGUUCAGUCAUAACUUAUAACUGUAAGACUGAAUCUCACAUUGAAACACUCAUUGAGGGAAAUCAAACAAACCCACUGCUUACAUAUAAGCCAUCCACUGAGCACAACACUCCCAUUGCUCUUCAAGACCAGUUCAAAGAACCCAGUCUGAAUCCUCACUCAGUUCUGACGUCAAGUAUGGAUUCCACAUUACAAACCAUAUUAACUGUCAGAUUAAGGAAGUUCUCUCACAAACACCGCAGUGAGCCUGACCUCAGGGCUGUUCACUUGGCAUCUAAAGGUGAAAGGUCAACUUUCAAUCAAAACUUAGUCAGAUCUUGUAGUGAUGACAUCGUUAAAAGUUCUUCUAAUUCUGCAUCAACCUCCUGUCCACUACCUAUGCGCAAAAGACAUUCUUCCAACAAACUCAAUGUGUUCCAAGCAGACAGGGACUCUGUAGCAUCUCAUCAAGGCCGAUAUGUUUCUGAAUGUUCCAACACAGAACCAGACUGGACUGUAAUCAGUAAUAUAAACAAGCCCAGUGUCUCUCAGGAUGACCAGUUCUCCCAGAUAUCUCGACAGGAAAGCCUCUCCAGCGUGUCCAGCCCCAGACAGGGCUGGCUGAAAGAAGGUGAAAGUAGUGAAAUCCACUUGGAUGACAGAUCUUCAGGCUCCUUCCAAGAAGUCCCCAUAUUUCCCGACAUGCUAGAACAAAGCCCAGCCUGCAGCCCGACUCUAGCACUGGAAAACAGAAGUAAAUUACUUAAGCUGCAGCACAUCAUGGAGGAGCUUCUGCGAACUGAAAGAGAAUAUGUUAAAGCUCUGAGCUAUGUCAUGGAGAACUACUUCCCAGAGCUGGAGCGCUCUGAUGUACCACAAGACCUGAGGGGCCAGAGGGGAAACAUCUUUGGAAACCUGGAGAAGCUGAGAGACUUUCAUCAACACCACUUUCUGAAAGAGCUAGAGCUUUGCCUGAGAGAUCCUUUUCGUGUGGGACGUUGUUUUCUGAGACAUAAAGAAAGUUUUGGUCUCUAUGCUCUCUACAGCAAGAACAAACCCCACUCGGACAACCUGCUCAUUCACCACGGAAAAGAGUUUUUCAAGCAGAAGCAGCAGGAGCUGGAGGAUAAGAUGGACCUCUCUUCAUACCUGCUCAAGCCAGUGCAGCGCAUCAGUAAAUACAGCUUGCUACUGCAGGACAUGCUGCGGGAGUGCGAAACGGGGUCACACAGGGGUCACGAGCGAACUGAGAUACAAGCUGCAUUAGAGGUCAUCCAGUUCCAGCUUCGCCAUGGCAACAAUCUCCUUGCCAUGGAUGACAUUCAGGAAUGUGAUGUGAACCUGAAGGAACAAGGGCAGCUGAUUCGCCAGGAUGAGUUCUUGGUUUCCUUUAGAAAGAAGAAAUGUUACCGGCAUAUUUUCCUCUUUCAAGAUUUAAUCCUCUUUAGCAAGACCAAGAAGACAGAGGUUGGGAAUGACACAUAUAUCUACAAACAGUCAUUCAAGACCUCUGACAUUGGCAUGACCCAUAAUUCUGGUGAUUCUGGACUGUGCUUUGAAAUCUGGUUUCGAAGACGAAAGUCACAAGACACGUACACCCUUCAGGCAGGAACUCGAGAGGUGAAGGAGGCCUGGACAAAAGACCUGGAGAGGAUCCUGUGGGAGCAGGCCUUGCACAACAAGGAGAUUCGUAUGCAGGAGAGGGUGUUUAUGGGAAUUGGAUACAAGCCUUUUAUGGAUAUUAAGCCCAGCGAAGCUGCCAUCUGCGACCGUGCCAUCAACUGUGCUCUAACAGGACGAGACUGCAAGGCAGCUACCUCCCCCCAGGGUGGAUUUCCAGUCCAGAGGCCAAACUCUACUGGUUCAUCUGACAGUCCGUCAUCCUCUUCAUCCUCUUCUGGGCGGGGCUCUAUGUCACCUGUGGGUUACAUGAUUGGUCCAAGUAAACGAGGGGUUCCUACAUCUGUAUGUGGAAGAUUUUCCAAUCCAGGAGUUUCAGAAGAAUAUGACUUAGACCAGGAAAACGGCAGCCAGAGUCUACUCGUGGACAGUUCUGAAUCUUCAGGAGAGAGUGUAAGUGGAUUCAGCAGUUCUGUCUAUAGUUGCCAAUCUGUGACUGGUAGAGAACCUGAAGAACAUCCAUCAGAAAGGUCUGCCAUUGGUGUGAGGAAAGCACGCAUCAGCAAAGUGGAGAAGAACCAACAGGAACACAAAGCCAAACCCAAAAAAUCUCCUAAACCACAAAGCCAAAUGAGGGAUGAACCACUCGGACCGAUUCAAGGGAACAAUCACAUGGGAAAAUCAACUGAAGUUUAACUGUGAAGAUAAGUUCAAUCAUUCAGAACUGCAGGCCACUUGAAGAAUCUGAAGAAUUAUGACAAUAUAAGUCCCUCUCAUAAACCACAGAAAGCCUUAACCUGGAGAGUGCGACAGCUUUGAAAUGUUAUACAUAGCCGUGCAACAUAUUAUUUAUUAUUUCUGAAGAACCCUCUGGACACUAGCAGUUUCUGCUACAUCUUUUACAAUGUAUCGUUUUACAGUCUAUUGGUUAACCAGAUUAAUAUCCACGUUAUUUGCUAAGCCUAGGUUAUAGUCAUUCUGUGUACCCUCUUUCUAUGUUUGUAUGUGACUGUGAGGACUGUGUGUGGAUUUUGUAUUGGUAUUUGACAGAAUGUUGGCUCUUAUGAAAGCCAAUUUCUUGUUAAUCUGUUCCUUGCCUUUAAUUAUUUUUUAUGCCAGCUGAUUUGUAUUUAUUGAGUUCCAAUAGGAAUGUUAAUAAUGGCCUCUAACUACAAUGUUUUGUUGCACAUAACGUUUUUAAAUGUAAUCAACUAGUAUUAAAUCAUAGUCCAAUUCCA